AUGGAAGAAGUUGCGUGGGACUUCAUGCAGCUUGCAAAGUCCAGCGACUUCGUCGCGGACCACCAGCGCAAGAUUGCUGAGGUCACUGGCAUUAGUCGAUUCCAGCAGCAGCUUUUGCUAGGGCACAAAGUCCUUCCAAGGAGGCGUUCCUGGGCCCAACUGGGCGAGCCCAAAGAGGUCCAGGUGACCCUUCAGCAGCCAGUGCGAGUCUUCGAGUGUGCCGAGCUUCUGAGGGCGGCCUCUGACGGCUGCGUGCCUCGCUUGGAGCAGCUGCUCCUUCGGUUUCAAGAUCCGAAUGCCAGGGACGAGCGCGGGAAGCCGGCGCUGUGGAAGGCUAGCGCCAAUGGCCACUUGGCAGCAGCGCAGCUGCUGCUAGAAGCAGGUGCCGAAGUGGAGGCGACGCGGCCAGGCAGCUGCAGCAGCCCGUUGUUCAUCGCGGCUGCGGGGGGCCACUUGGAGGUUGUGCAAUGUUUGCUCGGGGCCGGAGCGCCGGUGGAUCAGGCCAACCAGAGCAACCGGAGUCCCCUGUUCGCAGCUUCCCUCGAGGGCCAUACGCAGGUGGUGCACUGCUUGCUGGGAGCCAGGGCCGAUAUGAACAAGGCCACUUCUGCUGGCCGCACCCCGCUCUUCGCAGCUGCUGAGCAAGGAUCUGAGGAAGUUCUUCGCCUUCUCCUGCAUGCUGGCGCAGACCCUUCCAUAGCGACCAUUCAUGGGGACACUCCGCUUUUCGCAGCCGCUUCCGAAGGCCAUGCAGAAGUUGUCCAUGCAUUGCUGCAUGCCGCCAACGUCUCCCCAGACCGGCGCAUCCUGAUUGCUGCAGCAGAAGGAGGGCACACAGCAGUGCUGCAGUGCAUUCUACAAGUUGGCGAUGCAGGAUGGCGGAAGGGUGCAGAGGAGCUGCUUUUGCAGGCAGCCGUUCGGGGCCAAACCUCAUGGCUGCCAUGCCUCUUUGCCGCUGGCAUUGACAAGGACGCCACCGCAGACUUGGGCUUCACUGCCCUGGGCAUUGCAAGCCAAUUCGGGCAGACGGCGGCAGUGCAGUGCUUGCUGGAUGCCCGGGCCGAUACAAAUAGGUGCAUGUCAAAUGGCUCCACCCCGCUGUUGCUCGCGGCUGAUUUUGGCCGCCUUGAUGUCGUGCAGUUGUUACUCCAGGCAGAUGCCAACAUUCACCACGCAUUGAAAGAUCGCUCAACCGCUCUGACUUUGGCGGCCAAGCGUGGACACGCCGAUGUGGUCAGGUGCUUGCGCGAGGCUUCCAAAGCUGAGGCCCUUGCUGGCUAUCCAGUGCCCCAUGUGCUUUGGGGAACGCCCCAAGCUGCAUGA